CAAAAUAUGUCAAACAAUUUGAUGAAGAAAAAGCUUCAAGGCAAAGUAGCAAUUGUAACCGGCGGCGCCAGCGGCAUCGGCGAGACCACCGCCCGCGUCCUGGCUGAUCACAGGGCGCGUGCGGUGGUGAUUGCCGAUAUCCAAUCUGAAAAGGGCCGCGCUGUGGCCGAAUCCAUCGGCCUGCAGCGCUGCAGCUACGUCCAGUGCGACGUGGCGGACGAGGAACAAGUCGCGGCCAUGGUCGAAUGGACGGCGACGACCCACGGUGGCCUCGACGUAAUGUUCAGCAACGCCGGCACCGUGAGCAGCCUCCCUCAGACCAUCCUGGACUUGGAUUUUUCGGAAUACGAGCGCGUGAUGCGCGUGAACGCGCGUGGGAUGGCGGUGUGCGUGAAGCAGGCGACGCGUAAGAUGGUGGAAUUGGGAACCGGAGGAGCUAUCAUCUGCACGGCGAGUGCAGCGGCUGAGAAGGCGACGGUGGACUUGACUGACUAUGUGAUGUCGAAGCGGGCGGUGCUGGGGCUGAUGCGGUCGGCGAGCUUGCAGCUCGGGAAGCACGGGAUUCGGGUGAACAGCGUGUCGUUGGGGGCGGUGCUCACGCCGCUUGCGGCUAGGCAGGGGAUUGAGACGGCCGCGGAUGUGGAGAAGUAUCUUGGGCCCUACACGAGCUUGAAAGGGGCAACGCUCACGGCGGAGAAUGUGGCGGAUGCGGUGGCGUUUCUGGCUUCGGAUGAGGCAGCGUUAGUUACCGGAGUUGAUUUGGCGGUGGAUGGUGGCAUGGUUGCCAUGCCAUUCCUCGAAUCAAAUUAAUCAACCAAUGUUUUUAUAACACAAAAUAAAUUAAACCUUAUUAGCAACGCUUUUUUUAAAAAUUUUAAAAAACAUUUUAAAAAAUUAAAAGUCGGCUUCUGCUUUUGAUGUCCGAUCGAACCGGUCCGAGCGACUGGUUUCAUCGGUCCACAUUGGUUUCACUGGACGGUUGGACCAGACUGCCUGCCGGUUUACGAUCGGACCGUCAAAAGGCGGACCCGAUCUGGUCUUUAAAAUACUCCCUCCGUCCCACAAUAGAAGUUAUUUUUAUUAUGGGGACAUGUUUUAAGAAAUGUAAGGAAU